AAGAAAUGGGUAAUAUAGGGAAAGUGAAAGGAUGAAGGGAGGAGGAGACAAAGUGGAAGCAGAGAUCCUGGAACCUUACCAACUGUCCUUCUCAGAUCUUCUUGACCGAAAGCGAUGUGAGUUGAUCUCGAGGAACGUGAUGGAAGCACUUGGCCCAAACGGUCCAGGCCUGCUUUGUAUCACCGGCGUUCUCGGCUCCGCCCUCCUCCGCCGUAAGCUCCUUCCGAUGGCUCGGAAACUCGCUCUGCUUGAUCCCGAUAAGCGCAAUCGCAUUCUCAAGGAGCAACACUUGGGAAGUGACGUUCCUCUCAAGAAUCCAGAACGACUUGUCUCUUCUUUUGCUAUGCACCUCCAUUAUCAACCUCCUUCUUCUAAUACCCUAGACUCCCUGGACGAGGAUGAUGAUGACUUCAACAAUCUUGGUCUUGUGUUUAAGGAACUUGGGUUUUGUAUGAUGGAGUUGGGUUUGUCCAUUGCCCGAGUGUGCGACAGGGAGAUUGGUGGAGGGUUUCUCGAGGGGACCUUACUUGAUUCUUGCACUGCGAAAGGACGCCUCAUACAUUACCACUCCCCUGCUGAUCAGUCUUUUCUCAGAGAAGAAGCAGCCCAGAGGAGAAGAAAGCAAUCUGGCAAGUGUAUAAAUGGGAGUCACUUCAAUCUCUGGCAACAGUGGCAUUACGAUUAUGGCAUCUUUACCAUUCUCACCGAUCCUCUCUUUCUUUCAUCCCAUUCCUGCCAGGAUUGCAAUUUGAUUGCCAGCCACUCUUAUCUUAGGAUCUAUCAUCCCAGCAAGAACAAGUUCUACAUGGUCAAGACUCCUCAGGACAGUUUUAUUGUUCAAAUUGGAGAAUCUGCUGACAUUUUGUCCAAUGGGAAGCUACGGUCGACCCUCCACUGCGUGUGCAGACCAGAGCAGCUCGAGCACAUCAGCCGCGAGACUUUUGCGGUCUUCUUACAGCCAAAAUGGAGCCACACUUUCUCAGUCUCGGAACAUACUACAAUGGAACAUAUAAGGUCAGGUUCUCUACAGAGACGGCCAAUACUUGAUACGGACGACGUUUCUAAAGCAGACAUUCAUAACAUUGUUCCACCUCUAUCUUCUCGGAUUAGGGAUGGGAUGACAUUUGCCGAGUUUUCUCGCGAAACAACUAAGCAGUACUAUGGAGGGAGCGGCUUGCAAUCUAAUAGAUAACCACCACCCCCUUAUACGUUAGGCAUGCGUAAAAAUGAAAAGUUCAGAGCAAUUUGUUCAUUGUGAGUGUGAAGUCAAGAAGAAUGAGCCCAACAACAAGUGCUGUCUUCUUUCUGAGAGAGACUAAAGGGAGAGUUGGGAUUCUCGUCUUUUCGAUGUUGGAGCCAAAACAGUGAAAGUUGUUACUUCGUUAUCACAGUCAAAAGCUCUCCCUUUCACACAGACAGACUUACUUGCUUUAUUUUUUUUUUCCUGCUCUUCUUUAAUCUCUCUCCGUGACUCAGUUUAUGUUCUCUCUUGUGUCUCCCCCGAGCUUACAUCUCCCUGUUUGUUAGCUUUCAAGGGUCGCAUUAAGACAAAGUGGUGUUAAUAAAGUAAAAGCUGCCCUUGUUACAGCCUUUCUUUUUCUGUUCUUUGAACAUAUUUUCAUGAAUGGUUUUUGUACGUGUAGAUCAAAUCGAGGAAAAAAAAGGGUUAUGGCUCUCGCAGACCCUUUUCUUUUGUGAAUUCAAAA